AUAAAUACGCCAGUUGUAGAGUUAAUAAAUCUCGCUAUUUCAAAAGAUAUGUCUAUAAACACUACUGAGUAGCAAGGAGUAGCAAUUAUAUCAAAGGAUAAUCAGUCAAAGAUAUAAUUCCCCAUCAAUAUCUUCCCUUAAUCAAGCCUACAAUCAUGGGAUUAUAUUUUCUGUUUAUUUGAUUAUUAUUCUCUCCUUAAUUUUAGCUAUUGUAAUUUAUAUAGUCCGAGUUUCGUACCAACCGGCAGCCGCAUCUUUCAAUAUCAUUACAUAUUCAGUAUCUAACCUCCGCUCUAUGGCUUGAUUACUUGAUUGGAUUGGAUUUGCUUUGCACUUAAUACUAUCAUCGUUUGCAUAAUUUCUUAGCAUCGAAACGAAUUGAAACAAAGGAUGAGAACAGGGUCUAGUAGUAGGUUGUUUAAGAUUGGGAAGAAGUUUUGCUUCCCAGAUGUUCCAUCGAGUUGGGUUUCUAGGACUGUGGAUUCCAUACUGCACUUUCAAGAUCACCGCCCUAAAGACCAAAUAUUGAAGAUGGGGGGUUUUGAUCAUCGAACCCUGGGAAAGCCACUGCCAGACCAGAUGCAGCCCCUUUGGGUACGUGAUCAUACUGUUAAGGAUGGGUUUACGUGGUGUAUGCACCAUUAUGAUCAAGUACAUGAUUGUUUACAUGAGAAAAUAGAUGACAAUGAACACCAAAUUCCCUUUACCAAAGGCGAUCCCUUGCCCUUCGAUCUUAUGUCCUUGUUGUCCCCCACCACUAAUGGAUACGACAGAAAGAGGGGUUACUUGGUCCGAAAUGAUGGCCUUAGAGUUGAGAUUGACACUCUUAGGGGAAAGAACAUCUUGUUUUGUUGCUUUUUCGUGCCUCAGUUCUGGCUAGAUUCAGACCGUUGCUAUGCUAUUCGCAGGAUAAUUACUGCAUAUUCUAAUCUACCCAAAUCCGAUUAUGAGAUGGUUAUGGUGGCUAAAAUGAGACGAAACUGGGCUAAUGAUGAGGAUGCUUUCAACCACUUCUUUUCAGCUUUUCCUUCCUCCUGGCUUGCAGUCCCUUUCUCUGACACGUUGAGUCGUGACAAAAUAUGCAACUCCCUUGGCCUUUUUUCGGACUCAGUGGGUCUUCUAGUAGACCACCAUCAAAAGGUUGUUGAGCAUAAACCUUCUUUGGGGUAUAAUGGGCUUUCCUUUCCCCCUUUUGUGAUCCUGAAUUUGAUUAUUCUUGGUGGAAAAUUCACACCCACCUACAUUCAAAUUUAGACUCUGAAUUUGUUUUCAAGAUAAAUAAUAAUGCUGCUGGGGCUAAUGAUUUUGUAACUGUGGGUAUAGAUCUUGAGAAUAAAGUCUCGGUUUUUGAACUCAAAGAUAAGCUUGUGGGGUUGUAUUUGUGCUAUGAUGGCACCUUGAUUCGGACGCUCAACUUGCUUUCUCAAGAAUGUAAGGCUCGGGACCAGGAAUUCCACAUCGUCCUCGUCUACUUACCUUACAGAGACAGCUCGGAUCCACUAUUGU